CAGUCUCAGUGCCUCCCUUCACACAUCCUCGGCAGGGCACUAGGUCUGGAGGAUCCAGACCCUACACACACACACACCAACACACAUUCACACCAAUACACGCACACACCUACACACACACACACACCCUCCCACUCCAAGGCACCCUGUGCGACCCCUCACCAUUGGCUAGGUAUCGCAGGUAUACUGGAGCUCUGCAACUCCAGCUCAGCUGCAGGGGCCAUUUGGGAAGGCAAGACACACAGGUGGAUGAUGAGGAUGCUGAUGGAGCUGAUGGUGUUGGGGUUCCUGGUUCUCCAGGCAGCAGCGAGCCCCCGCUUCGCCCGGCAGGUGGAGUUGGACACGUAUGAUAGUGCCAACUACGAUGUGGAUCUAGAAAACUUGAACCCGGAAAACCAGGAUAUCUAUGAUUAUGAAGAUGGACUGACCAUUGAUGAACCUCAGAUAGAGAUAGGAACAUUGGCUCCACCUGACUACAACUACCCAGCUCCCGGGGCAUCUUUGGAGGAGGAGGAAGAGGAGGAGGGGCAGGAGGAGGAGCAGGAAGAGGAGCAGGAGGAGGAGCAGGAGGAGGAGGAGGAGCAGGAGGAAGAGGUUCAGCUAGAGGUGGAGGAGGUGGAGCUGAGACCGAAGCUGGCUCCUCAAGGCUCAGGAGGCUCUGGGAUCCUCAUGGGACCUGACACACAGAAAGAGGAGGAGCUGCGCCUGGCUCCCAUUGACAUCCUUCACGUCUCCGGGGACUUUGGGGGCUCUGUGAGUUCCGGAACAUCCGGGGGUUCCGGGGACCUGCUGGGUUCUGGGGACCUGCUGGGCUCCGGGGACCUGGGUUCCGGGGGUUCUGGGGGAUCCGGGGGUUCUGGGGGAUCCGGGGGAUCCGGGGACUUGCUGGGUUCUGGGGACCUGCUGGGCUCCGGGGACCUGGGUUCUGGGUGUUCCGGGGGAUCCGGGGGUUCUGGAGACCUCCUUGGCUCCGGGGGAUCUGGGGAUCUCCUGGGUUCCGGAGCUUCUGGGGGUUCCGGGGGCUCUGGGAUAACAAUGAUCUCUGGAGAGGAGGAGUUCAUCCUUGAGAAGAUCCCUCAGGAAGCCUCUGGCGAUUCAGGGGAGUCAGGUGCCUCUGGGGCCUCUGGCGAGUCAGGAGAGUCAGGUGCCUCGGGUGAGGCAGGAGAGUCUAGUGCCUCGGGCGAGGCAGGUGCCUCUGGGGCAUCAGGAGAGUCAGGAGAGUCUGGGGCCUCUGGCGAGUCAGGGGCCUCUGGCGAGUCAGGGGAACCGAUAAUCCCGGUCAUUGAAAAAGAGGAAGAGCUGCUUUCUGCCACACCCCUCCCAGAGGAGUCGGAGGGGGAGAUAGUGUCUGGGGGCUCGGGGUUAGAGCCUGACGUUGACAUACGAGGUAUGCCCACCUGUCUGUUGUGUACCUGUUUGGGUGGGUCUGUUUACUGUGACGACCUGAAGCUGGACCACGUGCCCCCGCUCCCUAAAGAGACCACUCACUUCUACGCUCGCUACAACAAGAUCACCAAGAUCAACAAGUCCGACUUCGCUCAGAUGAACAAGCUGAAGAGGAUCGAUGUGACGGCUAACGAGAUCUCGUCCGUGGCGGACGGGGCGUUGAGCGGGCUGCCGGCGCUGGAGGAGCUGGUCAUCAGAGAGAACGCUGUGGCGCAGCUGCCCGCGCUGCCCGUCACCAUGACGCUGGUGGACGCCAGCCACAACAACAUCGGUGCCACCGGCAUCCACAAGGAGGCUUUCAAGGACAUGGCGGGUCUGCUGUACCUGUACCUCACAGAUAACCACAUCGACCACAUCCCUGUGCCCCUCCCCGACAGCCUGCGCUCACUGCAUCUACAGCGUAACAACAUCCAGAUGAUGCAUGAGGACACGUUCUGCAACCUGAAGGACUUCAACUACAUUAGGAACGCCCUGGAGGACAUCCGCCUGGAUGGAAACCCCAUCAACCUCAGCAGAACCCCGCAGGCCUACGUGUGCCUGCCUCGCGUGCCUGUGGGAGACCUCAUCUAGACACACACACACAUAUAUAUAUAUAUAAACACACACACACCUAUACACACAUACGUGUGUGUAAACACACACACAAGCACAUACACACUCAUACACAUAAGCACAUACUCAUACAUGCUUCCACUUUUAUAUAUACACACACACACUACACUGAAACAAAAAACACACAACAUGGGACCUGAAAAUAAACACACACACACACACACACACACAACAACCCAACAAACCAUAACAUCAUGCCAAUGAUCAACAGCAAUCUGCACAUACCAUCAUCUACCUAGUGUAAACACUAUUUAAGGCCAAUGGUCCCACACACACGUACAGAGAACUUUGUCAACAUCCAAACUGUUCCGCAACGUGAUGAAAUAGAGAACAUUCUACUCUCAUAAAUACAUUUUAUUGAUCCCCAGCAAACAGGUGAUCACCUGUUGGUUUGGUUUGAAUGGGCUCGUCUGACAAAGACCACCAGUAAUAUUGUUUAAAUAUGUUUGUUUUGUAAAGAAAAAAAUAAUAUUAAUAUUAAUGACAAAUCUAACACAUUUGGAAAUGUUCAUUUAUACUAAUGGAAGCUGGAGCUGAGUGAAGGUAAACUGAGGUUCUAAUGCAAUAAAAGAAGCAUUUAAACACAA